AUGAUUUCAAGUAUAGACGCCAUUGGCCGAAAUAGAAUUAGAGUCAAAUGCAAAGAUUAUAAAACUGCUAAUAACCUCAUUAAAAACAAAACUCUAGAAAUAUUUCGUUUAAAUAAUUUAGAUUUGUAUAUUCCAAAAUUUAUUUUACACAGACAAGGAGUUAUUAGGGAUAUAGACGCAGAUUUAUCGGAAGAGUAUAUUAAAAAUAGAAUUAAACAGUAUGAUAGUCAUUGCAUAUUUGAAAUUGCAAAUGUUAAAAGAAUUACGCGUAAAGUAGAAAAAAAUGUUAAUGAGGAAAAAAUUGUCGAAUAUGUCCCUACUAAGUCUUGUAUUGUGACCUUUAAAUCGCAAACUUUACCAAAAUAUAUAGUAAUCAAUAAGGUUAUUAAAGAAGUUGAAAUAUAUAAACAGAAAGUUUUGUUAUGCUUUAACUGUCUUAGAUACGGCCACUUGGGAAAUCAAUGUAGGAGUCAGCCAAGAUGUAACAGAUGCCAAGAAACGCAUAAUUCAAAAGAUUGUACAAAAGUUGAUUUCGAACACGAUAUUUCAAUAGAACGCCCGGGAUGGACGUUUCUGCUGAUAUUGGCAGGAACUGCAACAACCAUAGGACUGUCAUUACCAGUAGGCUACAAUAUUGGCGUUUUAAAUACUCCUGCAAUGGAUAUUUCAAUAGAACGCCCGGGAUGGACGUUUCUGCUGAUAUUGGCAGGAACUGCAACAACCAUAGGACUGUCAUUACCAGUAGGCUACAAUAUUGGCGUUGUAAAUACCCCUGCACAGGUAAUCAAAGAGUUUUGUCGAAAUAUUAUUACAGAGAAAUUUGGAAAUACGCCGAGUAUAAUCCAACUUGAAUUAAUAUGGUCGUCGAUAGUAUCCAUAUUUUUGGUUGGAGCGGCAAUUGGAUCAUUGGGAGGUUCGGUAUUGGCUGACAAGAUAGGUCGGAAAGGUGUUUUAGCAGUUUGUUCUGGAUUAGCCGCUCUUUCUGCAGUACUGUUUUUUAUAAGUCGACCAGUAAUGUCGAUAGAAUUAUUGUUCAUCGGAAGAUUAUUGGUUGGAUUUUCUUCAGGCCUCACAACUACUGUUGUUCCUAUGUAUUUAACUGAGUUAGCCCCUAUUCACUUGAGGGGAUCUACGGGUGUACUUUGCCCCCUGGGAGUGACUAUAGGUGUACUGCUGGGUCAGAUUAUGUCCAUGCAUGAUAUAUUAGGUAAUUCCGAUUAUUGGCCUCAUUGUUUGGCUGCAUAUGUAAUUCCUGUGAUUAUCUGCGCCUUUGCACUGCCACUAUUGCCUGAAAGCCCGAAGUAUUUGUUUGUAAUAAAAAAAGAUCAACACAAAGCCUUCCAACAAUUAAAUCGACUUAGGAAUUCAAAGCAAGCUGCAGUAAAUUUAGAAAUAUUGAAACUAAAAAAAGAACAACAAGACAACGAAAAAAAUACCAGGGUUGGUUGGAGUAUUGGAAAAGUUUUAGUAGAUCGUUCGUUGUUGUUACCUCUACUCUUGGUUUGUUCUCUUCAAGCUGGACAGCAAUUAAGUGGAAUCAAUGCGGUAUUUUACUACUCCACCGCGAUAUUCAAAGCAGCAGGAUUGUCCGAUAGAGCAAGUGAACUCGGUACCAUUGGUUCUGGUUUAUGCAAUAAUUUCAUGGCAAUUUUGUCGGAUUCCUAUGCAUGGGUGCCUUACUUAAGCAUAAUAGGUGUACAAGGAUAUAUCCUAUGUUACGGAUUCGGUUUAGGACCAAUUCCAUACUUCAUAGGUUCAGAAUUAUUCGAAGUUGGUCCGAGAUCAAGUGCUAUGGCGUUGGGAAGUAUGUUUAGUUGGGGCGCUAAUUUAAUAGUAAGUCUUACAUUUCCCUUAAUGCAGAUGUAUCUUGGAACGGCAUCGUUUUUCAUUUUCGCGCUAGUUGCUUUUGGAUUAUUCGUCUUCACUAGAUUCUACCUUCCCGAAACGAGAGGUAAAGACAUAACAGAAGUCGUUGAGUUAUGCAACAAAGGUCUAUCAUCUAAACCGCUGCGAAGAAAUGUUCCUGAAAACCAAAGAAUAAAUACAAGUGAGAACGUUGGAUAUGUGUUACAAAAGUCAUACACUUCUAGAUUAACUCUAACUACUAAGUGUACUUAAUAUUCAAGCUUCCAUUUUUUACAUAGAAAAAGAAAGUUCGGCUUAAUACUGAAAGAUAAUAGGAGAUAAAAUGUUUGUGUAUAUGGAGGAUUUUAUGGAGACGAAUUUACACUGUUAUAAAUGUACAUACUUGAUGAAAAUGCAAUUUACAUAUAAAAGCAUUGUUCUUUAAGUAGAUAUGUUAAAUAGUUAAAUCUUUUGAAUUUUUCUUUAUUUCUAUAUUGUUACGACUUUUAAUCAUAGUUAGGCAAAUAUUUAUUUUUUCUAAACACAUUAUCUAAGCUUUUAAACAAAUAAAAACAUCAGCUGAACCAUCUGCACUAUGGACAAUAUAGAAAACAGAAUAAAUUUUGAUAAAAAAUUUCAAUAAGCACAAACAUCGUAGAAAAUGCAAAAAAUAUGUGAUAUAAUCAAAAUACAAAUGAAAAUGAACACUGCACAAAAUAAAAUCGUGACUUACCAAGUGGGACAUAUUAAACGGACGAUGGCUGAAACAUCAAACAACCAGAAGUAUUAAAUAAAUGUUUAGCCCUCUCCUCUCUCUUUUCCUCUCUCUCUAUUUUACCUUUUUCUCUCUCUUUUUGUUUAUAUAUAUAUAUUAUAUAUAUAUAUAUAUAUAUAUAUAGAUACAUUGCUACGAUAUUUUGUUUGUGCAUUGUUUUAUAAGCAAUGAGUAUUUUUAAAUAAAAUAACAUAUAUAUAUAUAUAUAUAUAUAUAUAUAUAUAUAAUAUAUAUAUAUAUAUAUAUAUAUAUAUAUAGGGUUUUUGUCGCGGUUCUCAAGAAAUUAGUUUUUAAGUACUUUUGAAAUUAUUUUUAUUAUAAUUAUUAUGAAACACACAUAUAUAUCUAAUACAGACAAUAUCAAUUUAAAACAACCUAUCUUUAAAUUGAAAUUCUUAUUACAAUAAUUAAAUUAUAUUAAUUUAGGCUUCUCAGAUCAGAAUGUAAACUUAUAUAUAAAUUAAGCAUCUUAAAUUAAUAAAUAAAACUAUUUUAAUCCGUAAUUAUUAUUUCAAAUGUCCACUUUCUGUUCCAUAUCACUCUUAUUCACAAAAGUUCAAAAAAUCAAACUUACUUCAGUGUAUCUUUGGUUGCCUAUAUAGAUGGCAUACACAUAUGUAUUUAUAAUAUCAUAAUUAUUAAAAUAACCAAAUACAUUGCAAAAUAAAAACUUUUUAAACAAAUUAAGGUUAAAUUCCGAAAGUGGCUGCAGACUGCAGACCGCAAACCGCAGACUGCAGCGACAGUGUCGUCUGCGGUCAGACCAAUUCCGAGCAGAACUGCACUGCAUCUACAAAACAGCGACAACAGCAUUACACGAUGGGAAUUUAUAAUAGUAUAAUAUUAAAAGUCGUAUAAGUAGGAUGUCAGACGCAAUCAACAACGAUGAAUUAAUGUUAUAUCUUUUGAUGGAAGAAGAAGAUGACGACGAUCUUUUACUUUUGCAUUAUAAAAAAAAAGAAACCGACUAGGUCUCUAUUUAAAAAUAGACAAUUUGAAGGAAGUUAUUCAAUACUCAUUAAAAACCAUCUAAUGGCUAACGAAGACAUAUUCAGAAACAGCAAAAAUACGUGUUGUCACUCUGCGGUCGGCGACACUACUGGUUCUGGUGCAGUCCUGCGGUUUGCGGUGGCGACAGUGCCGCUCUACUCGACAUACAGCUCAUAAGAAACCAUAUGAACCAGUAGGUCUGUCGCUGCGGUCUGCGGUUUGCAGUUUGCGGUCGUGUUCGGAAUCGUACCUUUAUUAUGCUAAUUUCUUAAGAAUGCCCUCAUAUAAAUACUUUUUAUAAUAUUCUCUAGUAUAUAACUUAUAAAUUAUUUCUUUAAGUCAUUUAAGUUCAUUCUAGGUUUCUAAACAAUUUGAUUUCCUUCCUUCAUCCGAUACUUAAUAUUAUCUUAAUGUAUAUAUAUAUAUAUAUAUAUAUAUAUAUAUAUAUAUAUAUAUAUAUACAUUCGUAUUUAUCUUAGUCUAUUUAUUUUAACAAAAGUAGCUGUUACCGAUUUUUGAUUGCGAUUUUGUCUUAGUAUGUAAAUUAUAUACAGAAAAUGCGAAUUUCCACAAUACAAUUUUGCUCCAUAGUUCUAUUAUUUUAUUGUUUAAAAUAUAUAUGAUAUGAAAGCAUUCCAUAUACAAAGCUUCUCUAAAAACAUGUGUCUCCUGUUAUUUUAUUUUGCUCAAGGUAUUUUCUAUUUAUUGCAAUAAUCUCGCUUACUUACAAAGCGACCAUAUUUAACGACUGGUAAUCAUAACAUGUUUUGUAUUUUAUUUUCAGUAAUGAAGUUAAUAU